AUGCUGCGGCAGAUCCUGUCGGAGCUGCGGGUGGCGCCGGAGCUGCUGGCCGAGCUGAGCGAGGAGCAGAAGCAGCUGCUCUUCUUCCAGAUGCGCCGCGAGCAGGUCCGCCGCUGGCAGCAGAGAGAGGCCCGGGGAGCCCCGCGGCAGCAGCAGCGGCAGCAGGAGGCCUCGAGGCCAGGCCCUGGGAAAUCUGUGCAGUGGAAGGAGGGAGCCGAUGGUGACGUCUGGGUGUGGGUGAUGGGGGAGCACCGGCUGGACAAGCCCUACGACCUGAUCUGUGAGGAAAUCCUGGCAGAGAGAGAGAGGAGGAGGAGGCAGCAGGCGCUGCUGGGAGCAGAGGCCCUGAGACCCCCAGGGGAAGCCUCCGCAGAGCCUCCUGUGAUGUCCCCCGACCCCAAACUCUGGUCAGGAGUGGAGGGAGGGAGAGAAGACUGUGUGGAGCAGGAGAUGCCGGAAGGGGUGACACAAGCCCCAGCUGCAGGAAGUGCCCCAAAUCAAGACGCCACCCAGAUGGCCAGUAAAUCAAGAGGCGUAGAGGAGAUGCUGGCAGAUUCCAUCAGUCAGUUGCGGAAGCAGAAGAAAGACGCACAGAUGAAGAAGGCCAUGACUCAGAGCCAGACUCACGGAGAAGCACCCCCAAAUCCUCUGGACGAGUCAACGCAGAAUGCAGACAAGGAAGAUCCGGUUUGGCUGGAAUCCUUGAGAAGAUCCAAAGCAGCCGAUGAGCGACGGCGUUCGCUCGCCAAACACGCCCGAGACGACUACAAGAGGCUCUCCUUACAAGGCAGGAACAAGGGAAAAGCAACGCCCUGCAAGCCAGCGGAGCAGAGACGGGUGCUCCCUCCCCCUCCCCCUCUGCCACCAAAGCCCAAGUCCCUCCCUCCCAGUGCCAGGCCCACCAAUCGACCCCCGGCCAGGAAGCAGGGAGUCCAGAGGAGCACUUCCUCCUCCACUCGGGAAAGCAUCAUUCGGUGGUUCCAGGCAGAGCAGCUCCCCCUCCGAGCCGGCUUGGAGAAGGCAGCAGAGCGAGUGGCUCCCUGGUUCCACGGUAUUUUGACAACGAAGAAGGCUGAAGAGCUGCUAAACCACUCAGGGCCUGGGACCUUUCUGAUCCGGGUGAGUGAGAAGAUCCAGGGCUACGUGCUCUCCUACCUGGCGGCUGAGGGCUGCAAGCACUUCCUGAUCGAUGCUUCAGGGGAGUCCUAUGGCUUCCUGGGGGUGGACCAGCUGCAGCAUUCCACACUGGCGGAAUUAGUCGAGUACCACCAGGACGAGCCCAUCACCUCUUUGGGGCAAGAGCUUCUGUGUCACCCCUGCGGCCAGCAGGGUCCCGAGCCUGAUUACCUGGAGCUCUUUGGAUGACACCGCCCAUCUCGACCCCUGGCCAUGGAGAGGAGACAAAGCGACUGUCACCCCGCCCUUGUUGUGGCCUCUCAAACUGCAAAUACGCUUGAGGGUCCGGAGAGUCAAGGCUGGUCCUUCUUGACUGCUCUUAGCCGUCGGACCAAAAACCCCAUCAAUGUGUGAAAAACCAGGGCACCAAAUUACCAUGGAGUGAAGAAAAGGACAGCAAAGGGCAUUCCACUUCCUGACCUCCGUGCUCCCGGUCAAGCUGCCAUCCUCCCUCGCUGGAAGGAAGUGACUUUGGACAUCCCCUAAGUGGGAAGGAGUUCCAUGGUUUCCUGGAAGGCUUGGAUUGUCAGGGAAAGAAAGAGUCCAGAGUUGACUCUGGAGCAGCCAGAAGCCAGCGGCGGAUGGAUGGAUGGGGGGGGGGGAUGUAACCAAGACUCUCCCCAGUGGCCACGGAGACAUCAGAAAUAAGCCACUGCCAGAAUUGCCUCUUGGCUUGCUUUAGUCCUUCCAGCUGGUCCAACCUGCUCUCUGCUGCUGGAUGAAGAAAAAAAGGCUCAGUUUUCCAUAAUAAAGAUGCAGUGAGUGGAAAGUUGUCCACA